AUGAACUGUGCCCUGGUAUUCUUCGAAUCUAGUCGGACAUGCGAUAUUGUGGCGGUUUCUGCUGUUCUCGGAGAAAUCACUCUGAAUUCAGUGAGGAGAAUAAUUUUCACUGGGCCGAGAGAAAUCUGCGAAAUGAAGAUCGGACAAGUGACUGAAAGAGGCCAACUCGUCGAAGAGGAUGAAUUCGAUAUCGCCAACAUCGAUUCCGAUAUUAGGGAGACGAUCACACUGCCCCGAACACAAGACUCCCAGAUAAUUCGAUUGUUCCACGAGAUGCAAGCUUCAGGUUUCGGUCGCCUUGUGCAGGACAACGCUCCUGCACAUGUCAGCCUCUAUACGAAGAGAAAAAUGGAGGAGUGGCAAAUGGAAACUUUGGACUGGCCCGCAGGGAGCCCAGAUUUGAAUCCGAUAGAUCUAGUCCGGGGAAAUAUGAAAACUUCUAUUAGAAUAUCGAUAUCGAUUCACGUUCUUCCCCGUUACUAUGCGUGCCUAAUGGAGAAACUGGAUAAUUCGGAGAAAUUGAAAAUAAAUCGUGCCCAUCUGCUGGCUGGUUUCUGUGCAGGAUUACUGCUACUGAGGAUAGCACGGUUUUUACCGUUAUUACUGAACGCUUAUUUCACUGUGUUUUGUCUCAUUUUUUACCUCCUCUAUGAACUUAUCUAUAAGAAACGUAAUCUCCCACCGGGACCCACACCAUGGCUUAUAGCUGGCAAUAUGCCAAACUUUCUCUUCUGCUCUUCAGUAGAUGAUCUCUUCCAAUCAUGGAAGAAAAAAUAUGGUGGUAUUUUCACUGUGUGGAUAGGUCCCAUUCCACUAGUAAUGGUCAGCGAUUUGACGUCAAUUAAGAAAUAUUUUAUACAAAAUGCGGAAUUAUUCAGUAAUAGAUGGCGGAAUCAUAUUACGGAUACGUUCAUGGGUGGAGUGAACGGUGUCGUUCAGAUCGAUGGUCCAAAAUGGCGUGAACAACGACGAUUUUCACUUCAUGUUUUACGAGAUUUUGGUAUCGGUCGAGCACUAAUGGAGGGAAAAAUCAUGGAGGAGGUAAACGCAUUCGCUGAUUAUCUUCACUUGAAUCAGAGUGAAGAAAUAACAAUGCAUAGUGCGAUAGCUGUAUGUGUUGGAAAUGUGAUCAACAAUAUGCUAUUCGGGAUGAGAUUUCCUCAGGGAUCCGCGGAAAUGCAUCAUUUGCAUUCGUUAUUAGAUCAACAAUCCAGGCUAGUAGUAAAUCCAGUGAUGGGUUUGUAUAUAGCUGCACCUUGGACCACUGAUAUCCCUCUAAUCAAUGGGAAAUGGAAUGAUCUCAUGGCAAUUCGUUCAGAACUUUACGAUUUUCUUCAAAAACAAAUUGAUGACCAUAGAUUGAAAAUUCUUCGUGAUGACCACGUCGAGGAUGAUUUUACCUUUAGUUAUAUGCGUGAAAUGGAGAAACGACGACAAACAGGAACAGAUAUGGGUUAUUUCGAUGAUUGGCAGAUGAAAAUGUUGUUGUUGGAUUUGUUUUUCGCUGGAAUGGAAACCACUGUGACCACAUUAAAAUGGGGUUUUCUACUGGCCGCUAUACAUCCGGAUAUUCAACGUAAAGUCCAAGAAGAGCUGGAUAAUGUGUGUGUCGGGAAUGUAGUGCUGCUAGCGGAUCGUCCACGAUUACCGUACACUCAAGCGGUUAUCAAUGAGAUCCAGCGAUUUGCCAAUAUUUUGCCAAUUAACCUGCUUCGAACGGUGGCCGACGAUGUCAGUAUCGAUGGAUUCCAUUUCUCUAAGGGAACGCUCGUGAUUCCACAAAUAUCGAUUCUUAUGAACGACGAAUGUGUGUUCACAAAUCCGAAACAAUUUUCUCCGGAGCGAUUUCUCGACGAAAACGGAAAAUUACGUCGAAUCGAUGAAUUUCUACCGUUUUCCGUGGGAAAACGUCAAUGUUUGGGCGAAUCAUUGGCCAGAGCCGAACUAUUUCUGAUAUUCAGUAACCUGUUGAAACAGUUUGUGUUCCGAGCUCCUGUCGGGGAGAAACUGUCCACGCGAAGGGUGUUUGGGCUCACAGUAUCUCCGCCCACGUAUAAAUGUGUUGUGGAAAGUCGGAAACGAGACGAGAAUCACAAUAUCGUCUGA